CCUCAUUUCGUGUGAUUAUUUAAAGCGAUCGCGCUUUUGUGAAAGAAGUCGACCAAACUUAGAGCGUCAUGGAUAUGGAACAACUGAAAAGAAAUCAGAUACUUGGUAACAGUACCGAGCAGGAGCCGUUAAUGAAAAGUUCCGGUGAAGCGAAACCAAGAAUUCCAGCCUGCGUGUAUAUUUUCACUUUCUUCGCUGCCAUUGGAGGCUUUGAGAUGGGAUACAACUUGUCGGUCGUUUCUGGAGCAAUGAUCCUUGUAAAAGAAGAGUUUCAUUUGUCGACAUUUUGGCAAGAGCUCAUCGUGAGCGUAGCAAUUGGUACCGCUAUAAUCGGAGCUCUGCUAGGAGGUUUUGUGAAUCAACGAUGUGGGCGGAAACCCACGCUUUUAGCUUGUGCGAUGGUGCUAACGGUAGGAGCCGUGGUGGAGGCAAUUGCUACAUCGAGAAAUGUUCUACUCAUUGGUCGGCUCACUGUCGGUUUUGGAAUAGGAGGGGUGUCUACUACCGUUCCAGUUUAUAUUGCUGAAAUAGCGCCAUGGAGUAUAAGGGGUCGUUUAGUCUCCGUCUAUUACCUAUUUAUGACGGGAGCUGAAUUUGUCGCUUCUGUUGUUGACGGUAUAUUCAGCCCUUACAAGAAGACAGGAUGGAGAUUCAUGUUUGGUUUAGCUGCACUUCCGUCGGCCAUCAUGUUCGUGGGUUGUCUGUGGCUUCCAGAAAGUCCCAGUUGGCUCGUCAGCCGGGGCGCCUGUGAACAUGCAAGGGAAGUUCUUGUGAGAAUUAGAGGAACGGCGAAUGUGGACGAGGAGCUGCAAGCUAUACAGACCGUUUGUAAGGAACAAGAAUCUUAUGAUAAGAAAAGCAGAUUUUAUGAGAUGCUGACCACGUCAAGUACAAGGAAGGCUCUUUUAGUUGGCUGUAUGUUGGUAUCAAUGCAAGAUCUGUCUGGGAUUAAUUUGAUUCUAUCCUACUGUGCAACUAUUUUACAGAUGUCAGGUGUACAGGGAGACCGACCAGUCUUCUGGCUUGCCGUGGUGAUAUAUUUUGGUAAUUUCACAUUUCCCUUUGUUGGAUUGUAUCUGGUAGAGAAAGUAGGACGCCGUAAGCUACUAUUAGGAAGUCUUGCCGGGGUCACUGUUUGCUUGUUUCUCUGUGGUGGUGCAUUUUACAUGGCGAAGCAACACGAUGCCGCGAUAACCUUUAACGAGAGAGCGAUUUCUAAUAUCAGCAACAAUUGUCCUGCUACUGGAUAUUGCUUAGAUUGCCUCGGAGUCCAAGAAAACUGUGGAUUUUGUUAUGCUAAAGACUCCUCCAAUAAUCCUAUAUAUGGUUCUUGUGUUCCAAUCCAUGUAUCUUCUAGCGAGAACACGGCCGCUUUUGGUAGAUGCAGUCGCAAGGAUCAUUCAGUAACAUGGUCGUACCAAGCUUGUCCUUAUAAGCAUGCGUGGUUAGCAACUUUAGCUCUUGUGUUAUACAUCGCCGCGUUCGGUCUGGGGAUGGGGCCGCUGCCAUGGACGAUAAAUUCUGAGAUCUACCCCCUAUGGGCCCGUAGCACGGGGUAUGGGUUUGCUACAGCUGUAAAAUGGUCUACUUAUUUGGUAUUAUCCAUGACUUUCCUGUCUCUGUUUGAAUGGAUUACGAGUUUCGGGGCGUUUUGGCUGUACGGGGGAAUUUCGCUUCUGGGUUGGUUGUUUAUCUUUGCUUAUCUUCCUGAGACGAAAAAUAAAUCGCCCGAGGAAUUGGAACAUUUAUUUUCAUAGCAUGUGAAAACAUUUUGUAUUUUGUCUAGUUAGUCACUUAUGGAACAAUGAAAUGGAUGAUCGAAAAAAAUCCUUGAAACUUCUCAGAGAAUAUCGUGAGAGUGUGGAAACUACAUUAUUAGUGCCAGACCCCUUACAGACCUCUCGCCGGCUCGCGUUGCUCAAGGGCUUGUGCCGAAGCACUAAUAAUGAGGAAUGCUCGCAACUCAGUUCCCCGCUUAUGGUAACUAGACAUUUGCCAGUCGUUUCAAAGUCUAGAAUACACUGAGGGGAAUUCUCAUUGGCAACCCUAUUACUGACAUUGUUAAUAAGUGGAUCAACUUGUGUCGGCCUCAGCCACAGGCAGCCCAAGCUCCAGGUGUGAGAUGAUCAUCUUGCGAAAUAAGAGUCAUGACGAAAAUGUAAGAGUUUUUAUGGGAAUAUUAACGACCGCUUUUGGGAAGUAAAAAU